UACUUUGUUUCAGCUUGACUUAUUUCAGAGUUUUUUACCAAGUUGGGUAUAGAAGGUACUUUUCCUAAGGGGGACACAGCAAAGGCCAUCCCAGGGUUCUCCUCAUAACGUUUUCCCUUUACCAUACUAUUGCUUAUUGAGAAAGAGCCCUCCAAAUACAGGUUUUUUUCUUAAAAGAUAUUGUAUAUAGUACUGUAAAAAUACGCAUUCACAAGACUGUUGAGAAUCAUCGACUUAGACUGACAUAGUUUCCGUGAACAAAAUCACCAGAUUUGCGACUUGCGAAAAUCAGCUGAAAUCUCGCUUUUUUUGACCAUCUUUGUGUCCUUCUCUUUAUUUUCUCACCGUACGGUUUUAAUUCAGAAAACCGUUGAAUCUAUUUACCAGGUUUUUGUUCUUACUCUUUCGUAGGACAAAAAUACCAUUGAAGUUUGCUAGCAAAUAUGGCUGCAGUUCCAAAUGACAAACGACAGCUCAUCCAGACGGCUUGGUCCAAGGUUUUUGCAGAAAUUGAACAACCCGAAUUCAAAUCUGCUUUCGAAUCCGAAGACCAAGUUUACACCAGCUUCUUUGAACAAUGUGCCUUUGACGAUUUUGACUUGACUCUUCUUCGUUUCUUAAAAGCCAGAAAAUACAAUGUCAACGAUGGUGCCAGUAUGCUAACCAACGCUAUUCGUUGGAGACAUCAAGUCAAUUUACGUGAAAUUAUGUUGCACGGCGAAAAAGAGUUAAAUCAAGACUAUGUCAAGGCUUCCAUGUACUUCAUUUGGGGUCAAGAUAAAACUGGACGGCCAAUCGUUUUCUUAAACUUGCAUAAUUUUAUUCCUCCCAAAGACGCAAAAAACAUGGAUGAAUUGAAGGCUCUUAUUCUAUAUGCCAUGGAAAACGCUCGCUUAUUUUUGGAUUCUGAACAAAAUCCUUCCAAAGGCGUUUUGGGCUUAGUUGACUUAACUUAUUUCUCUAGAAAAAACAUCGAUUUGGAAUUUGCCAAAGUUUUUGCCGAGACCUUUCAAAACUAUUAUCCUGAAAUCUUGGGUCAGGCUUUGGUUGUCGGUUCUGGCUUUCGAAUGGCCUUGUUUGAGGGUGUUUGGAGUAUAGGCAAGUACUUUCUAGAUCCGGAAGUGCGCAAAAAAAUUGUUUUUUGUAAACCCUAUCAAGUUAAAGAUUAUCUUGAUAAUAAGUAUAUUCCGCUUUCAAUGCAAGGCCAAUUCGAUGAAACUAAAAUUUACGAUAAUGCACCACCAGAGCCUGCCGGUACUAGCAGCAAAGAGCAGCUUGCCGCUUUAGAUGCAAAAUACGUUGAAGCUUCUAAAGAAUUUAUCAACAUUACUAGAGAAUGGCUCUACUCCGCAGGCAAGCCCAUUGAGAAAGAUCUUGAAGAAAAACGUGCUCAAAUUAAAUCCAAGUGCAAGCAAUUUUGGCGUGAAGGUCUUUCGCUCCGUCCUCCAAACGUCUAUCAGCGACUCGGUCUCAUUGAUUCCGAGGGUAGAGUCGACUGGUCAAAGGUUUAAUCAUGUUACCAAUUCCCUCUUUAAACUGCUAUUCCAGUUCUUUUAUAAACCUAUACACUUUUAGAUUCCCUCGCAACGAACGCUCUUGUGCCUUAUAUCUUACUCAUAGCUUCUACAAAUGUAUUACUAAGGAAUGUAAAUAUAAAAUUAUUAUUUUUGCAUA